GUCUCAAAGAGAGAGAGAGAGAGACCACGCCAAAAAUACCUUUCUUCUUUCACCGGUUUUCAUACAAAAAAAAUGGCGGCCAAUGCCUCAUUCGCCGCCGCAUUACUCAUCGGACUCUCGCUUCUCUUCGCCGUCGUGGCGGAAGAUCCGUACAGAUUCUUCGAAUGGAACAUCACUUACGGCGAUAUCUACCCACUCGGAGUUCGCCAACAGGGUAUACUGAUCAACGGGCAGUUUCCGGGACCGGACAUUCACUCAGUUACUAAUGAUAAUCUCAUCAUCAACGUCUACAAUAGCCUCGACGAACCUUUCCUCCUUUCAUGGAAUGGAAUUCAGCAGAGGAGGAACUCGUUCGUUGAUGGAGUGUAUGGAACGACAUGUCCAAUCCCGCCGGGGAAGAACUACACUUACAUUCUUCAGAUGAAGGAUCAGAUCGGAAGUUUCUAUUACUUCCCUUCUCUCGGUUUCCACAAAGCCGCCGGUGGAUUUGGUGGCAUUCGUAUCCUUAGUCGCCCGAGAAUCCCUGUCCCUUUCCCUGAUCCCGCCGGAGAUACCACCGUCCUUAUCGGCGACUGGUACAAAUCAAACCACACGGAUUUGAGAGCACAGCUUGAUAAUGGUAAGAAGCUUCCUUUACCAGAUGGUAUCCUCAUCAAUGGUCGUUCAAGUGGUGCCACUCUCAAUGUUGAACAAGGUAAGACAUACAGGUUGAGAAUAUCCAAUGUAGGGUUACAAGACUCUCUCAACUUCCGCAUUCAAGACCAUAAGAUGAAAGUGAUCGAAGUCGAAGGGACACAUACUCUUCAGACUACUUUCUCUUCGCUAGAUGUUCAUGUUGGCCAAUCUUACUCAGUCCUUGUAACUGCGGAUCAAACUCCUCGAGAUUAUUACGUGGUCGUCUCUUCUCGGUUUACCUCUAAUGUCCUCACCACCACGGGUAUUCUCCGUUACAGUAACUCUGCUGGUGCUGUUUCUGGACCUAUUCCCGGUGGACCAACCAUUCAAAUUGACUGGUCCUUGAACCAGGCUCGAGCCAUCAGGACUAACCUUACAGCGAGCGGACCAAGACCGAAUCCACAAGGAUCGUACCACUACGGUAUGAUAAACACUACAAGAACAAUCAGACUUGCUAGCUCUGCUGGUCAGGUUGACGGGAAGCAACGAUACGCUGUGAACAGUGUAUCAUUCAAGCCAGCAGACACUCCUCUAAAAAUCGCGGACUACUUCAAGAUUGACGGUGUUUACAGAAGUGGAAGUAUACAGUACCAACCUACUGGUGGAGGAAUAUACCUCGACACAUCUGUUAUGCAAGUUGAUUACAGAACCUUUAUAGAGAUUAUUUUCGAAAACUCUGAAGAUAUUGUUCAGAGCUGGCAUCUUGAUGGUUACUCUUUCUGGGUUGUUGGAAUGGACGGUGGGCAGUGGAGUCCAGACAGUAGGAACGAGUACAAUCUACGUGAUGCAGUUGCCCGAUGCACCGUUCAGGUAUAUCCAAGCUCAUGGACGGCUAUAUUAAUAGCACUGGACAACGUAGGAAUGUGGAACCUAAGAUCUGAGUUCUGGGCGAGGCAAUACUUAGGACAACAGUUGUAUUUACGUGUCUACACACCCUCGACUUCUCUCAGAGAUGAAUAUCCAAUCCCCAAGAACGCUCUUCUCUGCGGUAGAGCCAGUGGUCGCCGCACCAGACCACUUUGAGCUUGCAGUUAGAUAGUGAGAUGACGGAGAGAUGGUCAGCCAAACCAGCUGACGCGUUCUCGAGGCGGGUUUCUUGUUUUACACAUUCUUCAUUUUUCUAAUGAAUGAAAAGAGUUUAUGGUAAAAUCAGUAUAUCAGUUUGUAACGAUCUCAGCUCGAGGUCUCAUUCUUAUAUUCUUUCUUUUUCUAUGGAGCGAAACUUUUAUUCAAUAUAAUUCUACAGUUUCA